AAGAAAAGAAAAAUAUCUCAAGAAAAUAGAACAUUCAAUGAUGCCUGGGCAGAUUCAUUUGCAUUUACCUCGGGCGAGAGUGGCCUACCAGUAUGCCUAAUUUGUGGAGAAAAACUGGCUAACAAUAAACGGUCAAAUGUCGCAAGACAUUUUAACAAUACACACAGAGCCUUUGCUGAAAAAUAUCCAGAGGGAGAAGAGAGGAAAAAAGCUGUUUCGGAACUGAUGCAGAAGGCUGACCGGACGAAAAAUCAAUUCAAGAAGUGGGUGAAGUCUGCAAAUUCAACUACAUAUGCAAGCUUUGUGGCCGCUCAGGAAAUAGGCAGGCAUGGGAAACCGUUCAUAGAUGGAGAAUAUAUGAAAGAAUCAUUCCUUAAGAUUUCAGAACACUUAUUUGCGGACUUUAAAAACAAAGACGAAAUUGUGCAGAAAAUCAGAGAGAUGCCUCUCUCUGCGAAGACUGUCAAAGACCACACUAUAGUUGUUUAUACAAAGUGUAAAGCUGCGCAUCCUCUGGUUACCUCCGUCGGCGCUUCCACAUCAGCGACAGCCAGGACACAGCCAUCAUCCAUCCAUGUGUCUCCAGCCACGGCCGAGCCUCAGCCGACCUCUGCCGGCGCUUUGUCGACAAACAAGCCACAGCAGCAUCCCAUUUACGGUCCAGCGACAGUGAGUCUCAGGCGACUUCCCCCGAUGCUUCGCCGGCGACUGAGCCAGCGGUUUCCAAGUUGUCGGUCUUUGAAAUUGCCGAUCCUAUGGACAGGAUUCAGCGGCAACUGGACAUUGUUGUCCCAGGAUGGCCUGAGCUGUUUUGAUCCCGUGCGGCGGUGACGAGCGACCGGCUGCUGAGCCAUGCCCACGUCACGGUAGCAAUCGACCCGCUACCGAGCCAAGCCCACGUCGUGUUGGCGACAGACUUCCUGGCGAACCACGCUCACGCUGCGGUAGCAACUGACCCACUACCAAACCAAGCCCACAUCGCAGUGGCAACAGACCCGCUGCCACGCUACACUCACGUCGUGGUGGCGACAGACUUCCAAGUGAACCAUGUUCUUUUGAACCACGUUCUUGUCCAGGCGGUGACGAAGGGUCGUCGCCGCCCCACGUUCCUGUCCAAACGGCGGUGAAGGCUCCUUGCAUGUCCACAUUCCUGCCCAGGCGGAGGCUCGUAGGCUCAUAGAAUAGACACAGCCGGUACUGGACGUGUUGGAGAGGGGGUGUGGCACUAAGGACGAACAAUAAUCCCAUUAUAUGGACCACAGAGAUUUGUUUGAUGCUUUCCUGAGGAGUUGGUUUAUAUGUAGAGAAUAUACAGUAAGCGUGGCCAGACUUUUUUUU